AUGCCCCCUGCGAUCUGGAUGACACUGUACCUCCUUGCCACCCGCCUCCCUGACCGCUUUGCCUCCGCUCGUGACCACUUUCUCACUAUCAACCCUAUGACCCUCACUAUUGACCUCUUUGAGAAGAGGCUCCUUGCUGUUGACGAUCUUGCCCGCUCCCUUGCUGCUGCCACCAGUACCGUCCUCCCCCCUAUCUUUCAGGGGUGUGCCCCGUCCUUCCUUGCCUCCCCUCUGGCCACCGCCUCUGUUGCUACUAUGACAGAGGUGGCGGCAGUUGCCUCUGGCAACAAAGGGGGCAAGAAGGGUGGCAAGAAAGGAGGAGGUGGUGGUGGCAGUGGGGGAGGCGGUGGGGGUGGUGGUAGAGGGGGUGGAGGUGGCAGUGGAGGAGGAGGUAGUGGAGGAGGAGGCAGUGGAGGAGGAGGUAGUGGGGCGCCCCAGCAGCAGCAGCAACCACAGCAGCAGCAGCAGCAGCAGAAGUCGCAGCCAAAACAGCAGCAGCAGCCACAGCAGCCGCAGGAACAGCAGCCUCAGCGGCAGCAGCAGCAGCAGAAGUCGCAGCCACAACAGCAGCAGCAGCCACAGCAGCCGCAGCAACAGCAGCCUCAGCGUCAGCAGCAGUUCCAGGGUCUGCGGCAGCAGUCUCUGCAGUGGCCCCAGCAGCAGCCGUGGAGGCCGACCGGACCGGGGAGCUCUGUCAGCAGCGGCGGCCCGCUCAGCUGGACGUCGCGUGGCCAGCCCCACCCUCCCUGUCAGUACUGGGUGCAGAUUGGGCCACGCCACAGCCGCACCUGUGACCGCCACCACCCCCCUGGUCAGUGCUUUGCGCAGCUCACUGACCGCUACCGGGCGCAGUUUGGCCGCAGUGCCAUUGUCCCCGACUGGGCCUCACUGCUUCGCACUGUUGGCCCGUGGCUCUUGAGCAUGUCUGCUGCAGAGUUAGAUGAUGUUGUACGAUCUGUUCGACCAGUGAGGAUGCGUCUCUGUCGUUCACCCUCGACUCUGGGGCGUCCAGCUGUUUCUUCCGCGACUGCACCGACCUCACACCACUACGCACUCCUGUCACUGUUGCCCAAGCCGACUCCACAGCGGGACCAGUGGUUGCUCACAUCACCACCACCCUCCCGUGUCCAUCGGCUCCCUCUGGGGUCCUAA